AUGGUCACCUACAAAGUCAGGGUGGCCACAGGCAAAGAUCUGAUGUCUGGGACGUUUGAUUGCAUCUCACUGACCGUGGUGGGAACUCUGGGAGAGAGCCACAAGCAACGGCUGGAUCAUUUUGGGAGAGACUUUGCCCCUGGAUCAAUUGGUAGGUACACUAUCCAGUGUGAUCAGGACCUGGGGGAGCUCAUUCUCAUCCGUCUGCACAAGGAGCGUUCUACCUUCUUCCCCAAGAACUCCUGGUACUGCAACUAUGUUCAGAUCUACACUCCUGCGUGUAUCACCUACCACUUUCCUGUCUACCAAUGGAUAGAUGGCUAUGAGACAUUGGAGCUUCGAGAGGGCACAGGAAAGACAGUGUUAGAUGAAAACCUCCCUAUCCUGCUGACUCACCGGCAGGAAGAGCUUAGAGCCAAACAAGACUUCUAUCGCUGGAGAGUCUUUGUUCCUGGACUUCCAAACUACGUGCACAUCCCCAGUUAUCAUCCCCCUGUUCGGCAUCGCAACCCUAAUCGGCCAGAAUGGAAUGGCUACAUCCCAGGAUUCCCAAUUCUCAUCAAUAUCAAAGCUACCAAGUACCUGAACUCAAAUCUAAGAUUUUCUGCUGUCAAGACAGCCUCAUUUUUCCUCCGCUUGGGGCCUGCGUCCCUGGGCAUGAAACUUCGGGGAUUGUUGGAUGAGAAGAGGUCAUGGAAAAGGCUGAAGGAAAUCCGCAAGAUCUUCCCUGCCACCAAGACUGCCAUCUCUGAGUAUGUGUAUAAUCACUGGAAGGAGGACCAAUUCUUCGGCUACCAGUACCUCAAUGGCAUUAAUCCUGGCCUGCUGAAACGCUGCCUCUGCCUCCCAGAGAAAUUCCCUGUGACUGACGACAUGGUGGCCCCGUCCCUGGGUGAAGGCACCUGCCUGCAGGCUGAGUUGGAGAAGGGAAACAUCUACCUGGCAGAUUACAGAAUCCUGGAGGGCAUCCCCACAGUACAGCUUAAUGGAAAGCAGCAAUACCAUUGUGCCCCACUCUGCCUGUUGCACUGUGGACCACAGGGAGAUAUGAUGCCUAUUGCUAUUCAGCUCAGCCAGACGCCUGGCCCUGAAAGCCCCAUUUUCCUGCCCACUGACCCUGAAUGGGAUUGGCUCCUUGCCAAGACCUGGGUGCGUUAUGCUGAGUUCUACUGCCACGAAGCCAUUUCUCACCUAUUGGAGACACAUCUGAUAGGAGAAGCCUUCUCCCUGGCCACCAUUAGGCAACUGCCUAUGUGUCACCCACUGUAUAAGCUCAUCAUCCCCCAUACUCGAUACACCAUCCAGAUCAACAGCAUUGGUCGUGCUCUCCUCCUGAAUAAAGGUGGCCUGUCUGACAGGGCAAUGUCUCUAGGACUAGCAGGUUUUGCUGAAGUGAUGUGCCGAGCUCUAGCUGAGACAAAAUAUGAGGAUCUCUACCUUCCCAAUGACUUCAUCCGUCGUGGAGUACAGGACCUGCCUCGAUACUAUUACCGAGAUGACUGUCUGGCCGUGUGGGGGGCUCUUGAGACGUAUGUGUCUGAGAUCAUCAAUUACUACUACCGGAAUGAUGCUGCUGUGGAGCGAGAUACUGAACUACAAGCCUGGGUGCGGGAGAUAUUUAAUGAGUGCUUCCUGGGUCGGGAGAGCUCAGGAUUCCCCACCUGCAUAAGGACAGUGCCUGAGCUCAUUCGUUAUGUUACCAUUGUCAUCUACACUUGCUCAGCCAAGCAUGCCGCUGUCAACACAGGACAGCUAGAGUACACAGCCUGGAUGCCCAAUUUCCCAUCAUCCAUGAGAUGCCCACCUAUGCAGGAAAAGGGGCUGACCACCGAAGAGAGUUUUAUGGAAUCACUGCCUGAUGUUAAAACCUCAUGCAUCGUGCUCCUUGUGCUCUGGACCCUUAGUAAGGAACCUGAUGACAAGCGGCCUCUGGGUCACUUUCCCGACAUUCACUUUGUAGAGGAAACACCAUGGAAGUGCAUCCAGAAUUUCAAAGAGCGUUUGGCCCAAAUUUCCUGCAACAUCCGAGAGCGGAACAAGGCCCUCCCCAUUGGCUACUCUUAUCUAGAUCCUGCCUUAAUUGAGAACAGCAUUUCCAUCUAGAUGUCUUCUCCUGGUCCCUUACUAUAAUGCAUACCGAAUGGAGGUGUAACUCUUAAAAGACCUGAGGUAGCCUUCAUGUCUACGAGCUAAAAGAACCGACAAGUUACUCCAAUGGCAGCUGGAGAGUAGUUCAGCCCAGACACCGGCAGAUGGCAGCAUAGCAGAAAGAAUACCCCAAUGAAGGACUCCCCUCUCCCCUGCCCCCAAACUCUUUUGGAAGCAGAGAGGUCUUUAUUUCAGUAGGGAUGCCACCCUGAGAGGUCCUGGCCGUGUGUCUCCUUCUCCCACUGGUGGGAGAUUGUACUCCUAUGUAUGAAGGAAAUAUUACUUUGAACCUGCUGUGUGAUGGGCAGCGAUUUACUGGGUUUUGCUAUGGGUGGGGCAAAUAAUAGAGAGGGCUGCCGGAAUAGGGAUGCAAGGACAGGAGGUUUGGACCGCCCAAACUCCAGGUUUCUCUCCUGGCACUCAUUGACAGAUUCCUAGAAAGAGUCGCCAACGUCUUUGCUUGUUUCCUCUCGCUCGUUCUUUGAACCUUUGUAACCUAACUUCUGACAUGACCGUUCAACUGAAACUGAUUUCUCUAAGACGAUAUGGGUUUUGGAGUUGCAAAAUCCCGAUGGCCUUUUCUCACUCAGUCUCCCUUUGUCUUUGCAGCCUCUGACGCUGUCGAUCACCCUCCUGCCACCUCUUCCUUCUUGUCUAAUCACUGCUUUUCAGGCUUUUCCUAUAUACAUCUUCCCUCCCCCACCCGCCCAAACCCAACCGUCCUCCAAAACUCCCUUUCUGUUGAGGACAAGUGCCAUCCUUCCAAUCACCAAAGUUCCAUCUGCUCUUCCUUGCCCUCCCCUUUCUCAUAAUACAAUCAGUUCUCAAAUCUUGUAUAAUCUCUUUAACAUCUCUCAGAUGUUUUUCCCCUCUACACUCCUGCAAACACCACCCUAUUUCAGGUCCUCCAUCACAUAUUCCCCCAGACUGUUCCAACAUCAUCUUCAUUAAACUUCCAAAUUCCAGAGCUGAUUGUUAAAUGUUUGGUAAGCUUUAUACCUUGGAAA